UUGUAUUUUUUUCUGUAUCUGGGAUUGAAGUGUUUCUUUAUCUGCUGUCAUUGUCCCAGUUUCUGAGUUUUCUUCUCUGACUUUGUGUCUCUUUUUGUAUUUGUUUUCAGAGCAGAUUUAAAGAUGAAGGAGGAAGAGGAGGAAGUUUCGAUUGAGGAGAAAAACCAUAAUCUGUCUUCCCUGCCAGCAGAAAAUCAAUAUCAAGACAGGCCUCAUGAUGAAGAGGAAGGUGGCCCCAGUGAAGGACUGUCGGCUCAUCAGACCCCAACUGUGGACAAACAACACCGCUGUGAUUGUGGAAAAUCCUUCAGGUGGCUGUACAAACUGAAACGACAUCAGCGCAUCCACACCGGAGAAAAGCCGUACGCCUGUGACCGGUGUGGAAAGAGUUUCAGCCUGUUGGGAAGUCUGAAACUACAUCAGCGCAUCCACACCGGAGAAAAGCUUACCUGGUUGGGAAGUCUGAAACAACAUCAGUGCAUCCCCAGUAAAGAAACUCUUCUCCCACCUCUGUGA